AUGGCGAUUUAUACCUCACCGACGUCACCGGCCCCUAACCGGCCAACAACCAAUUGCGCUCGACGACUCACUUUCCUCGACCUACCCCCCGAAAUCCGUCUCCAGAUCUACUGCCACCUCCUCUCCCUCACUCCCCUUCUCCCAUGCUCCCCUUCAAAAGGCUACCCAGCCCCAAUUCCAGACCGCUAUGAGGUAGCUCCCAUUCUCAUUCCUCCCAGCCCAGCCGACGACGACACCUCACCGCAGUUACCGAAAUCCGACCAAAACAAUACCAACAAUCAAACCGCCCUCAGACUAAAGAGCUUGUUGUUACUAUCCCCGGAUCGUCCCCAAUCCUACCUCCCCUCCUCCCUCCUCCUCACCAACCGUCAAAUCUACCUCGAAUCCCGCCACCUGCCCUUCACAACCUCUGAAUUCAUUUUCCUCUCCUGCUUCGGAAAUAGUGCCGGAGUAGCAGGGGCAAGGGCUUUCUUCAAACGACUUAAGCCGUGGCAGCAGGAGGCUGUCCGGUGGCUCAGGAUCGAGGUUUGUUUGGGAGAUUUGGUGGGAUGCAAUGGAGGGAGUAACCAAGAAUGGGGGAAGAUCUGGAGGGAGCUGUGUGGCAUGUUAUUGGGCCUGAGAGGGUUGAGGAUUAGGGUCGGGGUGUCGGUUCUUGGGAGAGAGGAUAGAUCGGACGAAGAGACGACCAAGGAGAAGGUGAAGAGUAGGGGCGACAACUAUAAGGGACCGUUGGAUCGGUGGGUUGAGGAGAGGGAACGGGAAGACGAGAGAGGGAUGUGGAGGUGGGUUGAAGAAGGGUUGGGGAGGAUGCCGGGGUUGAGGCAGGUCGAGAUUGAGGUGUGGGAUGAUCGGCCCGGAUGGAGGAAGGUUGGGGAGGAGGAGAGGGUGAGGUUUUGUGGGAGGGUAAGGGAGGUGUUGAAUCGAGGACGGGGAGAGAGGGGGAUGGUGAAGGUUGUGUGCGUGAGGAGGGUGAGUUCGCCGCCGAAGGGUAGGGAACUUUUCAGUGGGGGAAUGGUGAUGCCGUUGGUUUAUGAUGAUUAA